AUGCAAAGGGACGAUCGUCAAGAUUUGUACCGGCUAAUUGACAUUUGCAUUCUCCUAAAUCAGUUCCCUAUCGCAGAAACAAUUGAUCACCAGCAUCAUUUACAGCAUGAUCUGCUACAGCUAUGCAGCCUGAAAUCAGAGACCAAGUACAUAGAUUAUGCUACUUCGGUUCUUAUGCAAAUGUCAUCCAUUAUCGCUCCAUCUGAAGAAACAAAGGAUUCCGUGACGGUCACACGAUUGUUGUGUGACCUGCUGCAAGGUCCCAUCUCCCGCCGCAGCUUAAUAUUAGCUGACCUGGCAGCAAAUGGGUUCAGAACCGACGCCCUUGUUCUGUCCAUUUUUUUGCUCGGGAAUGACGAAAUCACGUUGAAGAUGAAGAAACAGUACGCAUUCAUGUACGAAAAUUCCUUGGAUGACGAAUUGAAACAAAUCCUACGAGGUAUCAGGACAGGACGGAUGCCGAUAUUCAACGAGGGCAUUUUUAACAUUGUCGACCAGGUAACAGCAUAUAGAAUCAUCAAAAUUGACUUCUUGCUAAACGAGAAUACCAUCUCAUUGAGGGAAAAAUUGAGAACUCGAUUGGACCUUUCAAAGUGGAUUCGUUUAUUGAUUUGUGAGGGACUGGCAUAUAGGGAAUACGAACUGAUACGGUGCCUAGCAGAGGACGCCACAGUUUCGCUAUAUAAAUACUCAUUAUUUUUCGGUAUGGAACAACUGACGUUUACGGCCUCCAUAGAUCUCCUCAUCGAAGCAGCCGCCGUUGUUCAUUACACAAAGCCAGACCUGUCAGAUUUCGACGAGUUUGACGACGAAUUUACCACCGUAUUAGGACAAACCUUAGAAAAUCAUCCGAAUGGAAUAUUAGCUGGACUGGUUGAAAGAUGGUCGUGUAAGGAGAGUGUAAUGGAAGCCCUUCACAGCGAUGACGUAUACUUCCCUAAAAGUUGUCGCUCCUCGAUAGAGCACAUAGCCGAUGAUUUACGCGAGAGUGAGUGCCUCGAGAAGUCAAGGAAAGGACUCAUGAUAUUUGCAAGUGAUUUGGCGGUGUCAAUAUUUGACGCCUUGCUUGGGCAGCCCUGCCAAAGGGUAGAUGUAAUCGCAAAAAAUUCAACUCUAAAGCCAAAUAUUGGCCACGUAAUCGUAAGAAGGCUCUGCGAGGGGUUGCUUACGGACUCCAACUCGCGUUUUGCGGGUGUGCUGCACCAACUGUGCGCGCCAAUUUUGGAGGAGGUGCCCAUGGAAGUGCCCACUGCUGAGGAUACACCUCGUCAGCGUCAUCGGCGAUGGAAAACCAAUUAA